AUGUUGGGAUGUUUGAACAAGAUCGGGCCCGAUACUGUGCUCGUGGCGUCCAACGAGAUCAAGCAGGGCCACAGUAUCUCCUUAAAGUCAGUAGUCACCGCUAUCACCGAGUCCCAACAAGGUCGACACGAUGAAUUCAACACGCAGUGCAGCAGCCAAUGGGAUAGUCUAUGUCAUUUCUACCACCGAGAGUCGGCAUCUGCAUAUAGUGGAUGCAAGCCCCCUGGUCAGGAACUCGUGCAAGGCUGGGGCGAAGAAGACAAUGAGAAGCGUCUGCCAACUCUCGACCAUUGGCAUGAGAGAGGGGGCUUAGUUGCCCGUGGUGUUCUCAUAGACUUUAAAGCGUAUGCGGACAGCAAGUGCCUCGAUUUCGCACCAUUUGGUGAUUACGGCAUUUCCCUCUCCCAACCGGAAGAAAGCAAGAGCAUAAGGCGUGGCAUUCCAAGGGCGGCCAAAUGGUUCUGGAACAAAGGUUUCGCCGUGGUGGCCAGAGACAAUGUCGGAUUUGAGGUGGAGCACGCAGAUGGCACUGCCCCGGUCCUUCACCCUUAUCUCCUCAGUCUGUUUGGUAUGCCUAUUGCGGAACUGAGGGAUCUGAAGGCCUUGUCGGCGCAUCGUGCAAAGACUGGGCGGUACAGCUUCUUCCUUACGUCAGUUCUCCUGAACGUCGCUGGGGCUGUUGGCUCGCCUCCAAAUGCAUUGGCGGUUUUCUGA